GAAAAACCUUAAUACACAAACAAAAUGUCCUGGAGUUUUACAUAGGUAACAGGACAAUCCCAAAGCCUUAACAAAAUGGACAAAUGAUCUUGACAACUGAACUCCUGCCACAGCUGCAGGUUCUCCAUCCAUGGCUUUGUUCUUUGCCAUGUUAGUUUCUGCCUUGUAAAGAAUGUCUAAAUCUCAAGACAUAAACUGACAUUAGAGCAUAUUCUUUGAUCUUACAAGAGUCAAUGUGUUGAUGGAGAAGGAGAAAGGGGGCUUGGCUUGUGCCACUUAUUAUAUAUUAUGUCUGAGCUGUACAAAUUGGAUAAAUAGAAAUUGCUUUAUUGAGCUGUUAUGAAUCUGUACAAUCCUUAUAGUUCUAUUUAAGACACAACUGAAGAGGAACAUCUGGACUAAAUACUGCCACCAUCAAAUAAGCACUAUAUAAUCCAUUUGCUUCCAGCUGUUUCACCCUUGACCCUUUCCUGCAAAUCUUUAGGAACAUCCAUAGUGGAGAAUUAUAAUCCUGAGAACCAUUGAUUAAUAGUUGGGAUUCUUCAGGCUACUGUCAAAAUCAUUCUCCUUUCUCAGUGUUGCUCUUAUGCAGUUUGUCUUUCUCAUAGAUAAAACCCUCUCAGUGAGCCUGUUGGCUGCCAUAGCACCACAUCUCUAAGCUGAUCAUCCUCUGGAUGGCUCACUGCUAAUGGGUGGCCUGGCCCUUUUACCAUCCAAUGGAAGGAGAUCUAGGUAGCUAUAUCACUUCACAGGAGAGAGAAAGCAGAACUGCUGGAAUGUGCACUCAGAUCCAGACAUAUUGAUGAGAAAACAUUUAGGAUGACAUCUGCUGAAAAAGGAAUGACAGGGUAAAAAUGGUUCCAUUUAAAGAGCAACAAAGUGAUUGGCAGCAAUGCUGCCUGGUUUCUGCAUCUAAUCAAUCUUUUACAGCAGAGACUUCAUGCCUCGUUCCAAUGCUGAGAAGCUUUAUAAUAUAAAAUUUAUGUUCAUAUGUCUGGUCUUAAAAAUACCAUGCAGGGGGGCUGGGGGGGGCCUGCUCUGAAAUCACUUGCCCUGAAAGAUCAUGAAACUGCCAGAAAAAUAAUGAGCAACAGCACCUUGGAUCUCACAGGCAGAAUGGUCAGAGCCCAACAGUACAGCAUAUAUAUAUGCUGUAAUGUAAUGUAAUGUAAUGUAAUAUAUAUAUAAAUAAUGGAAUCCCCCACCCUGGACACUCUGUUUAAAGAGUCUGAACAGAUGCACUUAGAGAGGGUUCUGCAUGAGCAGCAGCUGUUGCAGCAGACAAUAGUAAGUUAGAUCAUAGAUCAAGGAAGGCCUCAAGUUUGCAAAAAGGCACCAAAUUUAUUUAUUUAAUGUAUUUACUUGCAGUGUAACAAAUUAUUAUUGGGGAACAUUUCAUAACUAGACGCAGCAGAAAAGGAUCUUAGCAAUUUACCAGAGGGAAUUUAGAUGCAUAGAUUAUGACCAGCAUUAUAUUAUAAGAGCAGAGUCUACAAUUGCUUUUUAUGACCAAGUUCACAUAUAGUGGUUUAAUCUGUGGUUUAAAUAAACCACCAUUGGCUCAUGUCCCAUAACAUAAUGACUUACUCUGGUUUGUAAGUGGAUAGCUACUGGCUGGAUUUUCAUAAUAUAUAGUAUCAUACGCCAAAAUAAACCCAUAUUAGGGAUUAACGUGUAUAAACUGAAUUAAUCCUCUUGAGCAACGAUUUGGAAUGUGAGUAGAAAAAAAUAACAUCAAAUGUAGUUUCCAUACCAUGAUGGGCUAUGCUUUUAUUUUAAUAGAAAAUGUUGACUCUUGUUUUUUUUUCAUUUAACAACUAAUUACCCGAACUUCCCUCAAUAAAUGUCUCCUAUUCAAUUUUCCGAAGCUUGGAUGUUUAUUACAUUCUGGAAAUUAUUACUAUAACAACAAGUUGCCUUCCAGCACUGAAAGCAAUGACAUGUGCCAACUUCGGUGGAUUCUUUUGUUAAUAUCAUGUAUAUCUUUCUGGCUUUCUUUUAGCUGCUUCUGCAGGCAGAUCAAAGAUAAUUCAAGCUCUUUCUUUCUAGAUUCACUGAAGUAGCAGAGCUAGAAGAACAUAUAUUAAUCUUGUCGCCAAGUAUCUAUGCUUCAACAGAGAAUACUAGGAGCCAAAAAUACAACACAGCAAUGCUAUCCUGAGAACUAUCCUCCCACUUUUCGCUUUCCCCUGAAGGAACAGAAUUUCCCAGGUUCUAUCUUCAGAAAGCAGAGGUGUUUCUCCAUUCGCACUGUGUUUGUUAGCUAAAGAUUUUGAAAAAUUCUACUGAGACUAAAUUCUCUUUUUUUCUUUGAUUCAUAGCCAAGAGAGGAGUUGCUGGCAGCCUGUCUCCUCCCCCUCUCCUCUCCCUCCCCCUCGUCUCCUUUAAAAGAAGGAACUGUAAUACUAGCACCUUAUUUUCUUGCAGACUAAAAUUGAGACCCAACUUGCUCUCUCCUUGGUGCUGUGUCUGCUUCCACCAGAGAGCGGACCUUUUGCUUCCUUGCUGCAACAGAGUGCAAGGAUCAGCGAGAGCAACUGCAGCAAUUCUAGGAGGUUUUGCAAGACUUUACACACAUAUUUGCUGCAGCAAGAACCAUUUGCUCACCUGUCUACAAACAUAACAACUGAAGCCUCAAAACUCUUCCUCAACCAAGGCUACCACUGCUCUUUGGAAAGACGGCUGGCGGAGAAGCACAGCCAAAUGAUUCCAAGCAAAGGGCUAGUGUAAGUCAAAUCAGAAAAAAUGAGGGACUUGAAGAUCUUCAUUCUCCCUGUAUGGUUUUCAAUGGCUGAAGUUUAAUGCUUUGAAGAAGCAGUCUAAAUAAUUUUGCUUUUGCCAGCAGACUUUUUUUAAAAAAAUCUUUUAAGAGGACCUGAUUUCACGUGAACUGCCAAAUCUAGGGAAACCGACCUCACACUGCACUACUAGGGGUAUGUAGAUGGAAGAGACUGAUUUUGGAUGGCUAAGAUUUUGAUGGGGACAUGACUAAAUUUUUAUUUUUACAAAUACCUUUUUCUUCUCUAAAGAGAAGGCAGGCUAGUAAUCAAGUCCCUCCACUCUGGAACUGUUAAUUCCCCCCACCCCUAAGAGUACAUAUUAUUUUUUGGGAGAAAGUUUACUGGGACUGAAAUGAGGCAGUGAAGAACUCUACACUUGAUAUACAACCAAUUACAGUCAGGGCAGAUCCUCACUCUCAAGUCUGCCUGAACUGGGGAAAUCUUAAUUCUUUAUUUUUUAUUUUUUAUUUUAAAAAAAGACUCUCCUUCAAUGUGUCUGGAACUUUUGGGGAUUGGAGUCGGCAUGAAUUUUGGACUGCUUUUCGUGUCUCUCUGUUACCUGCCACUCAUCAGCAGUGAGGGAGACCCCAUUCCUGAAGAAAUAUAUGAAUUGCUGCGUGAUAGCUCGGUGCGCUCCAUCAGAGACCUCCAGCAGGUCCUGCAGAUAGAAUCCGUAGAUGAAGAUACCUCUAGUUCAUACAUGAAUUUUACCCAAAUGCAUGCUGGUGAAAAUCUUGUUCCUUUGUCCCGUGGAAGACGAAGUUUAGGUGGAGCAGAACCUAUUGAGCCAGCAGUAAUUGCUGAGUGUAAGACACGGUCUGAAGUCUUUGAAAUCUCCCGGAGCAUGGUGGAUUCAACAAAUGCCAAUUUUAUUGUCUGGCCACCCUGUGUAGAAGUGCAACGGUGCACAGGCUGUUGCAAUACCCGAGCGAUGCAAUGUCGUCCCACACAAGUUCGAGUGCGACAUAUCCAGGUAAAUAAGAUUGAAGUUGCUGAAAAGAAACCAGUCUUUAAUAAAGCAAUUGUAGCCUUAGAAGACCACCUGGCAUGUCGAUGUGACCCAGUAUCACCCAGACUUCCCAGUCGGGAAAAUUCACGUGAGCACAGAGGUGAGCCCCCAGUAAGUGCUGUAACUUCUCUUCCAGCAAGGGCAAGAGCACACAGGUUGCUGCCACAAAAGAGGAAGCAUCGGAAGUUCAAACACGUACAUGAUAAAAAAGCACUGAAAGAAAUUUUCCCAGCAUAAAAAUGCUGGCAGGCAGAAGUACAAAUGUCAGGUUUAUUUAAUAUAUUUUCUGUAUAGCCCCCAUGGGGUUAUCAAAGGUUUCUCUCCGUCCAUCUGCCUCAAUGCCCUUUUGGACGGCCAACGGUGCUUCCCAAUUCCUCAUUCGCUGAAUGUUUUCUCACCAAAGUUUGCCAUUUAAGUUCAUAAUGGCAUUACGUCCACCUCUUGAAGAAGAGAAAAGGAGAGAGGAAAUAAAGAGCAAAACGACAGCAAUGGGGAUGGACAACAUGCUUUUUGCUGCAACAAACACUAUCGAAAUGUUGCAAGACUUGUGGCUCAAAUGCAUUUUGGAAGUGGUGGGUUUGAGGAAAACAGGAAUAUAACAAAGUUAUUUUUUCCUUUUUUUUUCUUGCCCCAUCUUGGACUUAACUGGACUCAGGUGGCAGUGGGCAUGUCAAGAGAGUCAGUAUGGCAAACGGUGACAGCAGAUGCACUAAGGACUUUUACUGUCAUGUUUCCACUGAUAUGUUUAAUGUCUUCGUGUAUAUUUCAUUUUUCAUACCAUGCCUUGGGGAACUGAAGCAAUCAAUACUAAAUACCCAUUCCUGACCCUUUAUGGAAACAGACAGGGAGGAGUAGCCAUCUUACCCAUCCCCAUUCAAAGCUUCCUCAUGGAUCAAAGAAGUAAUUUCUGAAAGUGACAUUAAGAAAGACUUGGCUCCUCCUGUUAAUUGAGUUUAAAGAUGUUUCUGUUAAUAAAUUUACAUCGGGGAAAGUAACAGUUGCAACUCAUGGGCAAAUGGGGCUUCUAGCACCCCUGUUGGGCUAUUUUUGCAGUCACUGCCUUCGUAGUUGCUAGAAUAAAGCAUUUCUUUUUAGUAAGCAGGGCCACAGCAAUGUUUCAGGAUGUUGAUUUAAGAUUAGGCAGUAUACAGGCAAUCAGCAUCAGCAUCUCUAUAAAUGAUCUUAAAUGCCAUUGGAGGUAAAGAGGUCUCUGCUUAGGACCACAAAAGCUCUUACUAUUCCAGGUAAAUAGCAACUGUUUCAACCAAUCAUUGUUAGGAUACAGGUAUAUAGCAUCAGCCUUCAUUUGUAUGUCAUUUUUUUCUCUCUAGCAUAGUCAUUUAUGCCCAGAUGCAGUCUUAUACAGGGCAUAGGUGGGGUUGGGUAAAGGGUCAGAAGUUAAAAAAAGUAAAGAUGGCAGUUGCCCUUGCCAUCUUGACUCCACCCCAAUCCUGGAUACCACAAGUCUUACAGCACUAAUCUCAGGUUAAUAUCUUCCAAUCUUACGAAAACCAAGCUGUGUAAAAUCUCAGAAAAGCCAUACAAUGCUGCACAAUGUAGUGAAAAUGUAAAAAGUUAAGUGGUGCUGAAUAUCAUUACACAAAGUGUUGCUGGCCCCAUCCCAUCCCAAUUAGUAACAUCUGAUGGAGAUGGCAGACUUCUCUCUCUUUGGGUCUCCAGCUUGGGAUUUGCUCUCUUUGAAAAGAUGAUAAAUAAGUCGCUCCCUGGCAGUAAAUGCAAAAUUCACUGAGUCUCUGUCGAGACAGUAGCCUUCUUUCCAGGAAUCAGUGGGUAAAAACAACAAAAGGUAUUCACUUUAUCAGAAAAGAAAGAGAAAGAAAGAAAAAGAAAGAAAGUGCUGUCAUUUAUCUUUACUGCUAUCGAAGCCAGAUUUUUUGCAGCUCAGGUGGUAAUUCUAUGUUUUUUGGGUGAGCCACAUUUGCGUUUGUUCCUAGCUCGGAGCUAUUACCCAUGGUUUAAAGAUCACAGUGGCUGUGCAACAUGUUAAAGCUAAAUGCAACCACCCACCUGAUAAUGUUGUAUGAUGUGCAAAUUGAAAAACAAUACAUUUUACUCCAGUUGAGACAAAAGGAAAGAUGCUAAAAUUGGGCAAAGUAAGUAAUAGUUACUACAGAGAUGUGGAGUAACUACGCUCUAACAGGAGAAAAUUGUUUUCUGUCAUGUUCCCAUGCCUAAUGAAGGAUUCUCAAAAUGCACCUUUUCCUCUCUUGUUCCAUUUUCAGCCCAUCUUCCUAUGGAAGCAGAAUAGAAAAUUAGUUGGAAUACUUAUUUUACCUCCAAUUUCAGAUUUUGUUGUCCAAAGAGAAUGGGGCUUAAUAAUCUCCUCCUUGACUUCCAUUUGACUGAUGUUAUUGAUAUUUGGGUGCCCUAGAUAAAUUUUUAUGACACAUCUUGCUUCAGCCCAGUUUUUUUCAUAUGAAAGCAUCCAUGGUUCUCUAACACCUGAUAAAGACUGAGAUUUGUGGUCAUUAAUAAACUACUUGUAUUUAGCCAGAUUGUACUGGUUAAGGGGGAAAAAACCAUUAAUACUAUAGCUGUGGUCUCUUAAUGUAAUUCCAUGGCACCAAGAUGUAUGAAAAAUCUGCUCAAAAUAGUUUGGAGAUAUGCAUUUCCUGUCUACUCAUUUUAUACUCAAUGGUUUAUUUCUGACAUUAAAAUACUUGCUAUUCAGUCCUAUUUCACUUUGUUUUCAAAGGCCACUUGUUUUUGAUUUUUUUGCAUACUUUUAUUUGUAAGGUGGGAGAGGUCUUUCAUCAUCCCUCAUUUUAUGUACAAUUAAUUUAUACUCUGUACCGUAUUUAAAAUUGUUUUUAAAAAAUCUUAAAACCCAAA